AUGUCCUCCAAGCACUUGAUCACCACUACUUUUACUCGUCCUGCUGUCAGGGUUUCUCGUAUCGUUAGCCAGCAGUCAAUGAGAGCCACUAGCCAUAUGUCCGACAAUGAUCCCAAGAUUCUUGAAGAAGAGAAGAAUAAGACUCUUAACUCGAAGAACAAAGAAUGGAACGAAAAACUGGCUUCUGUCAGUGAGGCAGCUAUCAAGGCAGAACACAGCCCAGAUAAGCCCGUAAAGGAGCUCCAGGAAGAGACCAAAAAGCAGCUUAAGGAUAGCCACAAAUAA